AUGUCUUUCGUCACUCGUAACAACCCUAGCCAAGGAGACAAUCAUCGCUCUCGUUUCUCGCUUUACGAAGAUGACGACGCUGACCAGCAUGAAGAGUACCAGAGCACACGCUCAGAGCUUCCGGCUGAAAUCCCGGAUAGCCAGCCUGACCCAUACCUCCCAGCUGAGAUCCCUGAUAGUCAACCCGACACAGACUAUCGCGAGGAUUUACCCUUUGGUGACCUAGACUAUUUAGAGGUCUCGUCCCAGUUACCUACUCGUGGUCACGGUGACCUCCACCUUGGUGACGCUAGCGCCGUCGACGGGGGCGACUACGACCUUGGUGAAGAAGAGGCCGUUAUUCCCCGUGACUGCAAUCUUGACAACCAGAAGAUUAUCGACUCUCGUGUCAACCGCUUUGACUAUCCUCAUCAAGAAGAGUUCGAUGACAGUGCCCUCGACGAGAUCGUUCGUAGCUCGUCUUCUGAGAGCACUGAGAUAAUACCUGGAGGCACUCGGCUCACUGUACGUCUCAAGCAUCGUGUUCCUUUACACAAAGAAGGGGUCAAUUGCAACGGCCGACUACCUAUAGCCGCUCCUCAAUACAAAGGUUUCGACGCCAUGGAAGAACAAUGCACCCAACCAGCUACUCAGCCAGUCGCUCGUCAAGAAGGCUUCAAUAGCAUGCUCAGCGAGCAAGAUGAAUCAGACAUCAUCUGCAUCCUCCUCCCUACAUCACCGGCAGCUCAUGAGGCUGUCGAGCUUACUGCUAAUGCAGCACCUCAACAUAUUCUACAGAAUCAUGGCAUGUCUCACAUAUACAAAGCUCCUGACGAAGACAUGACUACUGGAGGCGAUACAAGAUCAGGUGACGAAUCUGACGAUUCCGAGAACUUAAAUGCCCAGCCUCCUGAUCCGAACCAGUCAAAAUGGGAUGGACCCGCAAAGGAUAUUGCUCUUCGAUUUUCCUCAAAGGUUCACAAUCUUGGCCUAGGUUUUACCUUUGGCCGCAACCCUGCGAGGUGCGACUUGUUGCUCACCAAUCAUGACACCUACAUGAUUAGUAAUCGCCACUUUCGAAUCUUCAUGAAGAAUAACGGAAGUCUCAUGAUCGAGGACACUUCCACUAAUGGCACAAUCAUUGACGAUAUCGUCUUACACGGCCCUAAGGGCGACUCCUCGGAUACCAAUCGCGAAUCACAACAUACCCUUUGUAACGGUGAUACCAUUGAGCUUCCUCUCCAGGGAAAACAGCGCGGACAGUCUAUCAGAUUCAGUGUCAAGAUGCCCAUGAGGAGCGAAGUCGGCAUUGAAAAGUACACCCAGAAUUGUUAUGCAUACAUCAAGUGUGUUGAGCAAGCAGAACGACAACAUGGAUUUCUUGCUCAAGCUGCACGAAACGGUAAUGCUCCGGUCGUACCCCCAGUCCCUAUGCACGCCUUGCCGCAGGGCGUGAGGCCGGACACUUCGCCCCACACAUCUCUGUUGGCAGCUGCGACUGGAGCCAACUCCCACGGCAUGCAUUGGAGUGGUGGUGCCAAGUAUAACGUUGUUGGCUUUGUUGGCUCGGGAGCCUUUGCAAACGUAUACAAGGUGUCCUCGAAGAGAGAUGGUGUAGUGUUUGCUGUGAAACAGUUGGACAAGAGCCGUCUUGUCAAAGAUGGGAGCCUUUCAAGCAAGAUCUACAAUGAGCUCAAUGUCAUCAAGGGCUUACGUCAUCCCAACAUCGUGAAGUAUGUCGACCAUCAUGAGACAGCUCAGUGGCUCUUCAUUGUAAUGGAGUACGUUCGUUAUGGAGACCUCGGCGCGUGGACCCGUAAUGGAGCUCCAAUGCCGGAGUAUAUGUCGAUGCAUGUCGCUCGACAGAUUUUGCAGGCUCUGGACUACCUGCAUCAACGUGGUAUCACCCACCGGGAUCUUAAGCCCGACAACGUCCUGAUGGAAAGUGAUUGCCCCUAUGUCUUCAAGCUAUCCGACUUUGGACUCUCGAAAAUCGUCACCAACAAAGAGACUUUCCUCAAGACUUUCUGUGGCACGAUGAUGUACUGUGCCCCUGAGGUCUAUCCGGGAUAUAACAGAGUCAAAGCCUCAUUGCCAUCCAAGCGUUCGCGUACAAAUCCAAAGUACGAUCACACGUUCCCCUACCAGCACUCUGUUGACUUAUGGGGUCUUGGUGCCGUGCUUUACCACUUGCUAUCUGGACAAGCACCUUUUAUUGCUAGACACGAUCCUCAGGGUGAGGAUAUGCUGUGGAAUGUGAUGCACAAGCCGGUGAACUGGGAGCGCUUGAGGAUGGUAGGCGUAUCACACCUGGGCAUCGACUUUCUAUCUGGGAUGCUCGUCACAGAUCCCUCUGAGCGUGCUUCCGACGAGGAAUUGUUAGACCAUCCAUGGGUUCGCGUCGCUGAAGGCCCAGCAGAUGCGUCUGACUGUGUUCUUAGUGACCCAGCCGAGCGCUUCCUGAACGCUCAUGCAUCUCAGCUGAGCAUUGGCGAUGAGGAAGAUGAUAGAGCAGAAGAACCAGUCGGGGAUGCGACCGAAGAUCCUCGUGCGUCUAAACGUGCUCGAGCUUGGGUUCCGGACGUGACACGGAACGUAUGGGGAGAGACUCCAUCGAUGGUGGCUCGAAAUCAUCAGCAAGCAAACUGGGCCGAUGCCCCACCGCUGGACAUGACGUGUCCGCCACCCCAAAUUUCUGCAAACAAUAUGGGAGUUCAACCGCAGCCAAAUCGGCUUUUCGGCGAGAUUGGAACGUCUGCACUUGCUAGCUCCGGCGCCCUUGGUACAGAGGGUAAUCGCGCGUUGCGAGUACAUGGACAUGGGCCUGGAAGCUACGACCAAUCUUCCGAAGGUCUUUACAAUGAUUCUCGUGCUGGCAGCCCAGAAGACGCUAGCGCGGCAAAUGUGUCUAACACCCAUGCCGAUCAUCAACAAAAUACAAAUCGAGGGACCACAAAAGACGACGUUCAGCAUUCACAACGCUUACCUGGUCCUACACACAGCGGAGCUGCACCCAGUCUGCUUGGUACUGAGGUACUCGUUGGUCAGCUCAACAUGACGUCUACUGGAUCUGGCGCAUCUGCUCGAGCGGAGAAUGGCAAGCCCGCCACCCCAAAAUUGUCCAAAGACCGCGACUCUCCGUCUUCUCAGCCUAACUCCAAGCGUUCCAGCCAAGAUAUGCUACCUCCCGAAUUCGAAGGAGCUUCUAAGCGACCCAAGACUACUGGUAUUGAACACCCACCUGGCGAGCUACCUAACACGUUUGAGGGAUAUUCUGCGGCGCGUCGCGCGUCGAUCGAAGAUCUUAGACAGAAGAGCAUGUCUCCAAUGUCCAUACCCGGCCUACGAGGUAGUAACUACGGCGGAUAUCAAGAUGGCCAACAGUCACGUGGAGCAUUCAAGAGCAAUGACGACUUGCCAACGACAGCAUUCAACAGCCGCGAGUCGUCUCAACACUUUGGAGCAGAGGAUGAUGACAUCAUGAUGGGAUAUGACGGAGACAGUGAAGAUGAAGUCUUACGUCUCGAAGAAGCACUCGCUGCUGCUAAAGCCAAGAAAGCAGCAAAAGCAGCAUCUCGCACCACCUCUCGCCCCAUCUCGCGAGCCUCUUCACGCCCCACAUCUUCGCACGCGGACCCAACUUCUACCAUCCCCCAACCCAUGACCGGCACCGCGAUUUUUGACGCGACGGCCCAUCUUGCCCCGACAGCAACCGCAUCCUUUGUCAAGCCUCCUCUCCGCUUCGGCAACCUCCAGCCCACACGCGGCUCCAUCCAUACACCCGCCAUCUACAUCACAGAGCGAUUAACCACCUACGGCCGCAAACCCGACUCCACGUUCGUUCACCCCAACCCCAGAGACGACCGUAUCCCCAAGCAAGCCCUCGACAUCCAGAUGUGGUACCCAGGGAUCGAGGCCGACAUCGACGCCGACAAGAAGAACUGGGUGAAUCAUCCAAAGCUGGAGGCGAUCUUACGCACGCACGCGUCUCUGUAUGUGCUGGUUAACGGAGUAAAGUUGAAGAAAGGGAGAGGGGAGUACUUAUGGGGCAGACUGAGGACUGGGGAUGAAAUCACGGUCGUGGAACCAAGGAUUGGUGCGACAUCGGCAAGAGACAAGGAGUUUCUACGCUUCCGCUGCGAAUUCUUCGUCGGCAUCAGCAAGAAUAUCAGAAAGCCGGGAGAGAAAGCUUUCGUCGUCGAAGUCGAGAAGGACAAGUUCAAGGUGGCUGAGGAUCGCAAGAGUCGUGAGAGCACCGCUGCGCUUGGAGCGAGCAAGAACGGCGAAGGAUCGAGCAAGGACAAGGGAAAGGGCAGAGAGAUUGACGAGGCUACUUCCAACACCAACAAUGCUACCGGCAAGAGUUAG